GCCGAUUCGCCGGAGUGGUGAGAGUAAUCGUGAAAGUGAACCGGGGGGCCCAACUCAGUGCGCAGCCGCGGCUCUAUGAACCCUACUCCCAUUCGAACUUGGACCUACUCCAGUGCUUGUGUUUCUCCGUGACGACCGCAACCAUCGUACCCUUCUGUGAUAUCCAGUGAUCCCUCUUGUGUCCAUCUCGUAUGAACGGAGUGCGCGCGCCUUCAAUCUACUCUCCACGCAACCCCAUCCACUCGCGUCUAAUUCCUUCUUACAGUAGUUAUUCACAUUCGCAGGAAGGAUGAGGAUUCAUCUCAUAUGUCUUAUCGCCGUGGCGGUUCUGACCAAGGGACUAGACGGCAGGCAAAAAAGACAGUCCUCAGCUUUCUUCCAAGGACCACCACAGCAAUUCCGGGGAGCACCCACGCCCAAGCCGCAAGGGUUCCUCGGAGGGCCCGUUCCUCGCUACGCCAAUUUGGGCUCGACGGCACCCCAAGGCUUCAGAGCUGCACCGCCCGUCGACGAAGAAAGCGAGGAAGAGGUUGAAAGGAACUCGAUCACACCGUCUCCUUCGCCGUACAGGCAGUCACCCAUCCCUCAGGCCUUCCAAUCGAGACCUCCACCACCUCCACAAGCGCAACCUCAGAUUUUGUUGAGGCCACAACGACCACAACAAAUUGCUGACGAGUACCAGCCAAGGAGGCCCCAAGGACCAAAUGGACAGCGUAACCCACAAUCCUUGGCGGAAGAUGAAUUAGAGGAAGAAAAAGAAGAGCCUGACCGACUCACUCAACUUUUGCCGCAAAGUAAAUUCAACUGUGCUGGUAAAAAGACUGGAUACUACGCUGACGAAGGACUCAACUGCGAGGUCUUCCAUUACUGCCAAGACAGCGCCCGCCAUUCAUGGAUCUGCCCAGAAGGCUUCCUUUUCCACCAGGUGCACCUGAUUUGCAUGCCGCCCAGCCACGACAACAUCUGCAAACAGUCCUCGCAGUACCACUUCGUCAACGAGUACCUCUACCGACCGAUCAAUGUUGAGGAAGCCCAGACGAAACCUAACGUAUCCCUGAGGUACGCCGACCGCUACUACCCAGAAAACUACUACGAGGGCGAAGAAGAAGAAAGCGUAGAAGCCCGUCCCCAACCUCAGACCCUGGCUGCCCCCAGACGGCAACCUCCCCAACAGGUCCCUCAGGGCUUACAAGGCUACAACGCACCUCUCCUCAGACCGGUCGCCGUAACUCCAGUUCCUCAGCAAUACAGCAGACAGCCCCUGCAGUUCAACCCAAGCACACCGGCCCUCCAAAAUCAAGUCUUCCACUCUCCAGAGGAGGUCAACAUCCCUCUGCUCCACAGGCGACCCAACAAUGUCAUCCCUCAAAGUCAAAGGAGCUUCCCUCAGGGACCCAACCCGUACGUCUUUCAAUGAAUGUGAUACGAGCGUGGCGGUUCGACCCUCGAAAGCGAAUAGAAGGUGCGACUUUGGUAACUUAGUUUUCAACGAGAAAUGCAAACACCCUCGUUAAACGAAAUCUCUACCUGGUAACAGUGACUCUACUAGACGCGGAUAGAAACACACAAACAAAAUUGAAAUAGAGACCCACGUUCAUAAAACAGUAAUUAUAAUUGAUCAAUUUAAAGUGAACAACUGGUUACGACAGGCAGAUGAAAAAUAUAUCAUCAUCGUUAGCGCGAUUAUCUACACACUUUUCAAUUAAAAUUGUUCCAAUCAACUUCCAGCGUCAAAAUUCACUUCAAACUCGAUGGACAGUUCAUAUACGUAAUUAGUCACGUUAGUGAGAAGAAAAAUUUAAUUCAUUUAAUCUAACAGUAAAUUAUUGUGAUGUUUCUCGUACUCGUACUAUCUAUCAGAAUAGCCCUACGAAAAACACGCCACAAGUACACCUUAACGCAAAUGUAUCGUCAACAUUUUUUACCGUACGUGCAACUCAUUAAAUUUUAAGUCACUGAUAUCAGGAGGGUCUUUAAGCAAUCGCUCAGUAGUUUGUGCUGGAGAAUUUUAUUUACCUGUGAUGCAAUUUUUUAUCGACGAUUUUAGAAGUAUGUCAGAACUUGAAACACACGUUUCAAUGCAGUGUUAUUCUCUCAGAGGGUAGCCAAAUAAAUCAAUUUGUAAUGGUUUGACUAAGUUGCCAUUGCCGCCACCGAUAUUACUUAAAAGAGACGCUUGAUAACGGUUUUACACUAAAAAAAAAUACAACACCGGCAGUUCCUAUUAUGUGGUCUUAAUCUAUUUGUAUGGUUUUUAUCGUUAAAACACGUUCAAAAUAUUGAAAGCACUCCGUUGGAGCACAAAAGACUAGUGUGAAAUUGCAAGUGAAGCAUACAGCUUUUCGUUGACGAUGCCUCACUGACACCUGCCCUCAAAAUAUAUGUGCCAACUUUUUAAUAAUUUUCACUUGAGGAUCAAUGUAACCGAUACAUGACAGUGUUUCU